UAAAAAGUUUUUCCCAAAUCCCUCGGUACUGUAUUUCUCUCUCAGUCCCUACACAAAUCAAAAGCCACGGUGACGGGACUACUCUGAAAAAAACAUAAAAGCGAACCACCGUAGUAUCGGCGGCAGCAACGGAGGAGAGAGAAUGGAAAAAUCAAGAGAAGAAGUAGAAAAGGCAGAAUUCGAUCCAUCAGAAAUAGAAUACAUAAACUAUGGAGGUGAACACCAUCUUCCUCUAAUCAUGCGCCUUGUUGAUCAAGAACUCAGUGAACCUUACUCCAUCUUCACUUAUCGCUACUUCGUCUACCUUUGGCCUCAGCUCUGCUUCCUGGCGUUUCAUAGAGGAAGAUGUGUGGGGACAGUGGUGUGUAAAAUGGGGGAACAUCGUCAUACGUUUAGAGGAUACAUUGCUAUGCUUGUUGUCAUCAAAUCUUACAGAGGCAAAGGCAUUGCUACUGACUUAGUUACAAGAUCAAUCAAGGUGAUGAUGGAAUCUGGUUGUGAUGAGGUAACUUUGGAGGCUGAAGUGACAAACAAAGGAGCUCUUGCAUUAUACGGGGGUCUUGGAUUUAUUAGAGCGAAGAGGCUAUUCAGAUACUACUUGAAUGGGGUUGAUGCGUUCCGACUCAAAUUGUUAUUUCCUCGUCCAGAAAUGCAGCCAUGCUUGGAGACCUUGGCUUACAAAGAUGAGCAUGAUUAUCAAAUACCAAUUGAAGAUUGUAGCACUAAGUUUUGAUCAGAUAUUCACAUUAUUAGGCUCUCUAGCAUGAUUUAGUAAAAUAUGUCAUGUAUCCCAACUGAAUCAAUUUCGGCAGAAAUUAUUUUUGUAUCUUCUUUUCUCGGCGUAUAGGAAAUUAGGAACGAACAACAACUACAUCAUACAUGGAUGAUUGAGAAAUUAAUGAUUCUUCGCACUUGAGAGAAUGGCACCCCAUGCCGCCCGCUGCUCCGUCAAA